GCUGCUUGCCUAUAGUACUAUACUUCCCACAUCGAGGAAAGGCUACUUCGCUUGCAGCCGUCUGCUAGCUUGCUUUCUUGCCUUUACUUGCGACUUGCGAGAGUUUCUUGCUACCUGACAACCACCCUGCUCCAUCAAAUGGGGAGGCAACCGUGCUGCGACAAGGUGGGGCUCAAGAAGGGCCCCUGGACGACGGAGGAGGACCAGAAGCUCGUCAGCUUCCUCCUCACCAACGGCCAGUGCUGCUGGCGUGCCGUGCCCAAGCUCGCCGGAUUGCUGCGGUGCGGGAAGAGCUGCCGGCUGCGGUGGACCAACUACCUGCGGCCGGACCUGAAGCGCGGGCUGCUGUCGGAGGAGGAGGAGAAGACGGUGAUCGACCUGCACGCAGAGCUGGGCAACCGGUGGUCCAAGAUCGCCUCGCACCUGCCGGGGAGGACGGACAACGAGAUCAAGAACCACUGGAACACCCACAUCAAGAAGAAGCUCAGGAAGAUGGGCAUCGACCCCGCCACCCACAAGCCCCUCCAGCCAGCUCCGGACGGCGUCGGCGGCGGCUCGCCGGAGGAGGAGAAGGCCGCCGUCGCGCAAGUCACGGCGCCGGCGCCAGGUGCUGGGCACGAGGCGGCGUUCUGCGUCGACGAGGUGCCCAUGGCGCGCCUCCCGGACGACAUCGUCAUUCCCGUCGACGUCGUCCUCGACGCGCUGCCACCCGCGGCCGACGGCGGCGGCGUCGGCACGGCCUACUCGCCUGGAUCUUCCUCCUCCUCCUCCGCCUCGGCGCCGGCAUCGAGCGGUGGCAGCAGCGUCGGCGACAGCGAGUGGCCGGAGUGGCCGCAGAUGGUGGAGUGGCCGGAGUCCACGUGGCUUGACGACGUGGUCACGGGCCCGACGACGCCGUGGGAGUUCGAGGACCCCUUCGUGACGUACCAGAGGAUUGCUCUGUUCGAUCACCAGGAGCAGGAGACAUGGAGCAACCACAGCAGGGCCGAGCUCUUCUGAGCUCGCCAUUCAUUCUUUGUAGCGAAAAUCUCAUUGCCACGCGUACGCGUAUAUUCUCCACCCCAAAAAAAAAUAAUACUGCAGGAUCGCUAUGCACAUUACCAUUUUUCACCGUGGUUACAUGCACUCGGCCGGAUACUAGACUGCCACCAGUGCGUAACUAGAGUAAGAAAAAGAUUCAGGAUAAUGUUCAUUGAA